AUGAGACAACCAGGUGUAUAUUCAGGAAUGCUUUCCGGUGGUAUAUCCGGUAAGACAGGUCCACAUUCUUUACCAUUAGCAAGAAUAAAGAAGAUAAUGAAGAAAUCUGGGGAUGACGUAAAAAUGAUAUCAGGUGAAGCACCAAUUUUGUUUUCAAAAGCUUGUGAACUAUUUAUAGAAGAAAUAACAGUCAGGUCAUGGAUGAAGACACUUCAAGGCAAGGGAAGAACAUUACAUAAAGAGGACGUUGCAUCUGCCGUGAUUGAAACUGAUAUAUUCGACUUCCUUGUCGACACUGUGGUUCCAGAUCAAAGUUCUGCCAAGAGCAGUGAUGGUGAGAAUCAUAAGAGGAUCAUUCCUAAAACUACAAGUUAG